AUGCAUAAGUACAGCUACGAUUGGGAUAACAGUAUUGAUGUUGCAACUGCUUAUCCUGAUAAGAAGUCCAUCUUGAUGUAUGUGACAUCACUUUUCCAAGUCCUGCCCCAGCAAGUUACACUUGAAGCCAUUCAGGAAGUGGAAACAUUGCCACGUCAAUCAAAGCACACUAGAGAAGAGCGUGUCCAGUUACCUCUACAGCGCUUUUCUCAACAAAUCAAAGUCAGUGUAGCACAGGGCCAUGUGCGCACACCUUCACCUCCACCUAAACCUCGCUUCAAAAGCUAUGCGUAUACACAAGCUGCUUAUGUCAUGUCCCCUGAUCAAAAAGGGAGGAUGUUCCCUCCACAGCAGCUCUUGGAAGCUCAUGAAGAAAAGUUAUAUGGCACGUCACCCAUGGACAUAGAAGUUGAUCUGGAAAGCUACCAAACUGCAUUAGAAGGAGUACUUUCAUGGCUUCUGACUACUGAAGAUUCAUUGCAAGCACAAGGAGAUAUAUCCACUGAUGUAGAGGAAGUUAAAGAGCAGUUUCACAUCCAUGAGGGUUUUAUGAUGGAAUUAACAGCCCACCAGGGACGUGUUGGUAAUGUUUUGCAAGUUGGCAGCCAACUUCUAUCAUUUGGGAAGCUUUCAGAAGAUGAAGAAAAUGAAAUACAGGAACAAAUGAAUCUUCUUAAUUCACGUUGGGAAAAUCUCAGGGUCACAAGUAUGGAGAAGCAGAGCAAUUUACAUCGAGUGCUAAUGGAGUUACAAAACCAUCAACUAAGCCAACUCACUCACUGGUUAGUUAAAACAGAAGAAAGGACAGAAAAGAUAGAUUCUGAGCCCUUGGGGCCUGAUUUGGAAAACUUAAAGAGGCAGGUUGAAGAACAUAAGACUCUUCAGGAAGACUUAGAACAGGAACAAGUCAAGGUUAAUUCUCUCACUCAUAUGGUUGUUGUAGUGGAUGAAGCUAGUGGAGACAAAGCUACAGCUGCCUUAGAACAACAACUUCAGCACUUAGGGGACCGAUGGGCAGCCAUUUGUAGAUGGACAGAGGAACGUUGGUUUCUUCUACAAGACAUACUUCGAAAAUGGCAACAAUUCACUGAAGAGCAGGGUCUCUUUGAUGCAUGGCUGGUUGAGAAGGAGGAUGCUGUGAACAAUAUUCAUACCACCGAUUUCAAAGAUCAGAAUGAAAUGCUGGAAAAUCUACAAAAGUUGGCUGUCUUGAAAGGUGAGCUAGAGAUCAAGAGAAAGGUGAUGGAUAAAUUGAACAUACUCAUCCAGGAUCUCCUUUCAUCUGUAAAAAAUAAAGCAUUGUCUCAGAAGCUGGAAGGUUGGCUGGAAAAUGUCGUCCAGCGCUGGGAGAACCUGGCACAGAAGCUGGAGAGCAGUUCUAAGCAGAUUUCACAGGCUGUUGCUACCUCUCAGACAUCACUAACACAGACAACAGUAAUGGAAACUGUAACUAUGGUGACCACCAGAGAGCAAAUCCUGGUUAAGCAUGCUAAAGAGGAGCUUCCACCACCUCCACCUCACAAGAAGAGACAAAUUGUUGUGGAUUCAGAAAUUAGAAAAAGAUUUGAUGUUGAUACAACAGAACUUCACAGUUGGAUGACCCGUUCAGAAGCUGUGCUCCAAAGUCCUGAGUUUGCAAUAUACAGAAAAGAAGGGAACCUGUCUGACCUUAGAGAAAGAGUUAAUGCCAUAGAACGAGAAAAGCCUGAGAAGCACAGAAAGCUCCAAGAUGCCAGUAGAUCUGCAGAAGCCCUGGUGGAACAGAUGGUGAAUGAGGGGCUUAAUGCUGACAACAUCAAACAAGCCUCAGAGCAGUUGAACAAUCGCUGGAUUGAGUUCUGUCAGUUGCUGAGCGAGAGACUGGCAUGGCUGGAGUACCAAAAUAACAUCAUUGCCUUCUACUCCCAGCUACAGCAAUUGGAGCAGACAGUAAUUACUGAUGAAAACUGGCUGAAAGUACAACCUGCACCAGCAGCAGAUCCUGCUGCAGUGAAAACUCAGCUACAGAAGUGCCAGGAUGAAGUUAUCCGCUUGUCAACCCUUCAGCCUCAGAUUGAAAAACUAAAGGUUCAGAGCAAAACACUGAAAGAGAAACAGCAAGGUCCAAUGUUUCUUGAAGCAGAUCUUGUUGCUUUUACUAACCACUUCAAUCAAGUUUAUGCUGAUGUACAAGCUAGAGAAAAGGUUCUGCAAAGAACUUUUGAUAGUUUACCACCAGUGCAGUAUAAGGAAACCAUGAACACUGUCCUCUUGUGGAUACAACAGUCAGAAGCCAAACUCUCCAUACCUCAGGUUACUGUUACAGACUAUGAAAUCAUGGAGCAAAGGCUCAGGGAACUAAAGGCUUUACAAAGUUCCUUGCAACAGCAACAAGAUGGACUCAACUAUUUAAGCACAACUAUGGAAGAGAUGUAUAGGAAAGCUCCUUUAGAAGUUAGUAAAAAAUAUAGAUCAGAAAUUGAAGGAAUUGUUGGCCGUUGGAAGAACUUAUCAGCUCAACUGGUGGAGAAUUGCCAAAAACUUGAGGAGCAAAUGACUAAAUUGCAACAAUUUCAGAAUGACACUAAAACCCUGAAGAAAUGGAUGUCUGAAGUGGAUGUUUUUCUAAGAGAAGAGUGGCCUGCCCUUGGUGAUUCAGAAGCACUUGAAAAACAGCUGGAGCAGUGUGCAGCUCUCGUAAAUGAUAUCCAGACAAUCCAGCCCAGUUUGAACAGCGUUAAUGAGAUUGGGAAGAAGAUGAAGAAUGAAGCUGAGCCAGAGUUUGCUUCCAAAAUGCAGAUGGAGCUAAAAGCACUUAAUACUCAAUGGGAUCACAUUUGCCAACAGGCAUAUGCUAAGAAGGCAGCACUGAAAACUGGUUUGGAUAAGACAGUGAGUCUCAGAAAGGAUUUGUCAGAAAUGCAUGAAUGGAUUACACAAGCAGAAGAAGAGUACCUUGAGAGAGAUUUCGAGUAUAAGACUCCAGAUGAAUUACAGAAAGCUGUUGAGGAACUGAAGAGAGCAAAAGAAGAAGCUGUACAGAAAGAGGUGAAAGUGAAGCUUCUCACAGACUCUGUGAACAAUUUUAUAGCAAGGGCUCCACCUGCAGCUCAUGAGGCCUUAAAAAAGGAACUUGAUGUUCUGACUAGCAACUACCAGAGACUUUGCAGCAGGUUGGAUGGGAAGUGUAAAACACUGGAGGAGGUAUGGGCAUGUUGGCGUGAAUUACUAUUGUACUUGGAUGUUGAAAGCAAGUGGUUAAAUGAGAUGGAAUCAAAACUCAGGGCAACUGAAAAUAUUCAAGAAGGCACAGAAGAGAUCUCAGAGGCACUAGAUUCUCUGGAAAUAUUAAUGCAACACCCAGAAGAUAACCGCAAUCAAAUUCGUGAGCUGGCGCAGACUUUAACGGAUGGUGGUGUUUUGGAUGAACUGAUCAAUGAGAAGCUGGAGAAAUUCAAUACUCGGUGGGAAGAGCUGCAACAGGAGGCUGUGAGAAGACAAAAGAUUCUUGAACAAAGUAUCCACUCUGCCCAGGAGAUUGACAAAACCCUUCAGUUAAUCCAAGAGUCCCUGACUUUCAUCGAUCGACAGUUAUCAGGUUACAUUGCAGAUAGAAUUGAUGCAGCACAAGUACCUCAAGAAGCACAGAAAAUUCAGUCAGAGUUGACAAGUCAUGAGAUUAGCUUGGAUGAAAUGAAAAAACGGAACCGGGGUAAAGAUGCUGCCAAAAAAAUAUUCUCCCAAAUUGAUACUGCUCAGAAAAAACUACAAGAUGUCUCCAUAAAGUUUCGCUUGUUCCAGAAGCCAGCCAAUUUUGAGCAGCGCUUACAGGAAUGUAAAAGAAUUUUAGAUGAUGUAAAAUUGCAAGUGCCAAAGUUGGAACUGAGAAGUGUUGAGCAGGAAGCAGUGCAGUCACAGCUGGAUCAUUGUAUGAAAUUGUAUAAGACUCUUAGUGAAGUGAAAUCUGAAGUGGAAACAGUGAUAAAAACUGGCCGUCAGAUUGUUCAGAAGCAGCAAACUGAGAACCCAAAGGAACUAGAUGAAAGACUUACAGCUUUGAAAUUGCAGUACAAUGAUCUGGGUGCCAAGGUGACAGAAAAAAAGCAAGAACUAGAGAAAUGUUUGAAAUUAUCUCGGAAGCUGAGGAAGGAAAUGAAUACUCUGACAGAAUGGCUGGCAGUGACAGAUUCGGAACUGACAAAGAGAUCAGCAGUAGAAGGCAUGCCUAUCAAUUUAGAUGCUGAAGUUGCCUGGAGCAAGGCAACACAGAAGGAGAUAGAGAAACGUCAGCUUCAACUGAAGAACAUUACUGAUUUAGGAGAGGGACUGAAGACUGUGCUUAAAGGGAAGGAGAGCUUAGUGAAUGAUAAACUCAGUCUUCUGAGCAGCAACUGGAUAGCAGUUACUUCGCGAGCUGAGGAAUGGUUUAACUUGUUGCUGGCAUAUCAGAAACACAUGGAGACUUUUGAUCAGAAUGUUGCUAACAUUACUACCUGGAUGUAUCGGGCAGAAAUACUCUUGGAUGAAUCUGAAACCCAGUUACCUCAGCAAAAGGAAGAAAUUAUUAAGCGCUUAAAGACUGAGCUGAAUGAUAUGCGUCCAAAGGUGGACUCUGUGCGUGACCAGGCAGUAGACUUGAUGACAAACCGUGGAGAUCACUGCAGGAAAGUAAUAGAGCCUAAACUGACAGAGCUCAACCAACGAUUUGCAGCCAUUUCACAAAGAAUUAAAAGUGAAAAGCCCUUCAUUCCUUUGAAGGAACUGGAGCAGUUUGACUUCGAUAUAGAAAAAUUGCUUGAACCACUGGAGGUUGAAAUUCAACAGGGGGUUAACCUGAAAGAGGAAGACUUCAAUAAAGAUAUGAGUGAAGAUAAUGAGGGUCCUGUAAAAGAACUGCUUCGACGAGGAGAUGCCCUUCACCAAACAAUCACAGAUGAAAGAAAAAGAGAAGAAAUAAAAACUAAACAACAACUUCUGCAGACUAAACACAAUGCUCUCAAGGAUCUGAGAUCUCAAAGAAGAAAAAAGGCUUUGGAAAUUUCUCAUCAGUGGUAUCAGUAUAAGAGACAGGCUGAUGAUCUGCUGAAGUGGCUGGAUGAUAUUGAGAAAAAAUUAGCAAACCUUCCAGAUCCUCAAGAUGAACAGAAGCUCAAGGAAAUUGAUCGAGAAUUGGAGAAGAAGAAAGAAGAGCUGAAUGCGGUACAGAGGCAAGCUGAUCGCUUGUCUAAGGAUGGGGCUGCAAAAGCAGUGGAACCAACCCUGAUACAGCUCAGCAAGCGCUGGCGAGAUAUUGAGAGCAAAUUUGCUCAGUUUCGAAGACUCAACUAUGCACAAAUUCAAACUGUUUAUGAGGAGACAACUGUUUUGAUGACGGAAGGUAUGACUAUGGAAACCUCUUACGUGCCUUCUGCAUAUCUGGCAGAGAUCCUUCGGCUUCUACAAGCUUUAUCUAACAUGGAAGACAUCCUUAAUUCUCCUAGUCUGCAGGGGAGGGACUGUGAGGAUCUUGGCAGACAAGAAGAGUGCCUCAAGAAAAUCAAAGAUAGUCUUGGGAGACACUCAGGUCAGAUUGAAGUUGUUCGCUGUAAGAAGACAGCAGUUAUGAAAAGUGCCACCCCUGCAGAAGCUGCACGGAUACAGGAAAAGCUGACUCAGCUUUCAUAUCAGUGGGAAAAAGUUAACCAGAUGUAUCGGGAACUACAAGCGCGGUUUGACAGAUCAGUGGAGAAGUGGAGGAAUUUCCAUCGUGGCAUGAAGAACUUUAACCUCUGGCUAACUGAGGCAGAACAGAAUUUAGCUAAAAUACGAUUAGAAUCUGAAGACAUUUCCAGAACCAAGGAAAACCUCAAGGUGACAGGUUUGGUAGAUCAUGGAGAUGCUGUGGAUAUUGUAUAUUUGGAUUUUAGUAACUCAUUUGACAGUGUUCCCCAUGAUGUUUUAAUUGGCAAUUUAAGGGCUGUGGAUUAG